AUGAACAAUGUCGGCAUAUUCAAGAAGGUUUUGAGUGCCGGAAGGGGGCCUUUGCCCGAUUAUGUAAAGGAUACCAAGGUUUGGAUUGACUUCGAAGUUCUGAUGCCAAAGAAUGACACCAUUAAAGAAGGGUUCUCCGACGAUAUGGACCAGUUUAUUUCCAUUGAUAAUACCAAAAAUAAAUGGCCAGAUGGAUACGGGGAACCUCUUGAAUUGGUGAUUGGGCGGAGGUUCCAGUUACCCGUCCUGGAAACCUGUGUAAAAAGUAUGCAUCUGGAUGAGGUAAGAGUAAUAUUUAUAAAGAAGGAAUUUGCAUUUCCAGGUAUGUCAAUUUGAUAUUGAAGCAAAACAAAUGGCCCCAUAUCCAUUGGUGGCCAAGAGAUUGAGAGAUAUCAGCCAUUCGAAAGUCGACCCGAGAUACGAGAGCCAUGAACAUCAUCAUUGUGCUGGGAUGGGGGUCCCAAAGUAAGGAAAUGUUUGCAGAGAUUUAAUUCUAGGACUGGAUACGAAGCUCUGGAUCAAUUGAUUCAGAAUCCGAAAGAUCUACGGGUCAGAAUUCAUGUAAUCAAAAUAGAACAACCAAAUGAAUAUAAAGUUGAUAACUGGCAACUCAACUCGGAACAGAGAUUACAAAAGGUCAAUGAACUCAAAGCGAGGGCCAAUCAAUUGGUUAAAGAAGUAAGCCAUGAGAUAGGGAUCUAACAUUGAGCAUAGGGGAAGGCCGUUGCGGCUAUUGAUGAUUACAAACACGGCCUCACUUUGUUGGACCAGCUGAUGUUGAUGGAGAAACCGGGAGAGCCUGAAUGGAAGGAAUUAGACGCUCAGGUGUGCAAUGCAUUCGGAAGUUAAUAGUAAUUUCAGACCAUUCCGUUUUAUUGCAACUUAUCCCUUUGUUUCCUAACUAUUAAUAGCUGCCGCGAGGCUGAAAACGCGGCUUCGGAGGCGCUGAAAAAGGAUCCCGACAACGAAAAAGCACUAUUCAGAAGAGCUAAGGCACGAAUCCAGCUCUAUGAAUUUGAUGAAGUCAGUCGAUUUGAUUUGUUCUUGUCAUAAUAUUUAUAGGCAGAAGAAGAUCUAUUGCACCUUUUGGAGAGAUAUCCAAAUAAUUCAAAAUUAGUUCAAGAAGAACAACACCGACUGGUACAAUUGAAGGCCCAGAAAGUCGUUAAUGAAAAUAAUCUGUUCAAAAAGAUGAUUAAUAAGUGA